AUUAUUUGCAUGUAGUGUUGCAGUAAAUUUUGCAUAAUUAGCGAGAAUUAAGACUCAUUACUUCAAAAACAAAUAAUGAUUUUUCAAAAAAAUAAAAAGAUUUAUAAGCAAUAUUUCAAGUUCUUUCAUAUGAAACUAACUUGUUGUUUAAGUAAACUUUUAAGAAAUAUGCCCGCUAUGUCUACUGCAAACACUUUUGAAGUUGGUCAAAUGUGUGUAUAAACACUUAAUGGUGGAAGCUGUAGCAAAGAAAACUUUAAUAGAAAGCGAAUCUUCAUGUUUUCACUAAGUAUUGUUGUAUUUCUUUUUAAGCCAUGAUUUGUAGCUUUAUCCUGACAAGCUUUCACCUCUUAUUACUAUCACCUUACGUCACAUCGUUUCCUGUAAAAAGUCUUAGUCUGAGCAAAGGUGUAUUUGAAUGUAAAAAUCAAGAAAAGAUACCAAGAGGAUGGCAAUGCGAUGGCGAAACAGAUUGUCAAGAUGGGUCGGAUGAGAUCAAUUGCUCCUUCAUUAAAAGACCUUGCAACGAUGCUUUAGGUGUUUCAAAUGCACAGAUCAUCUCUGACAGCAAUUUCCACGCCAGUUCGUCUUGUCAAUCCUCAGAAGGCACCACCUUUCAUCCAUGGUAUGCACGCUUGUUUCAAACAGAACAAGAUAAUGGAGCUGGUUCCUGGUGUGCAAGCACAAUGUCACUAGAACCACAUUGGAUUGCAGUCAAUCUGGGGAAAGAAUUUGUUGUAACUAAAAUAGCAACACAAGGUAGGUUUCAGUUUACCAUUCAUGGGACCCCUACAUUGGUAUUUUUAAAAUUCCUUAGAUUUAAUUUACUCUAAAUGUGGCACGUAUAUAGCGUAUAUAACCAGUAAUAAUGUUUUUCAUCGGGAAAUCUGUUGAGCAGUAAUUGUAUGAAAAGGUGUGAAAAAGCAGAAAUUGUUUUUCCAGAGUGUCCUGAUUGACCACGUUGUCUCACUUAACCGAGACCUCGCUACGUGUUUGUAUGGAAAGCGAGCCAGCCAACCUAACCGGGUUAGCCAAUGAACAGUCCCUUAUUAAUAAUGUUUGUUUUUCCCCAGCUUGUUACAAUUUACGCUUGUACUCUUUACUAAGACAUAAUUUCAAUCCUUUUUUAGGUAGAUCUUGUAUGUCGGAAUACGUCACGAAGUUUAAGCUCCAACUUAGUGUCGAUGAUGUAAAUUGGGAAGUUUACAAAUAUUAUGGCCAUCCAAGGGUAAAGAAGGAUAUUUUGUGAUUCCAUUACACUUUUUUCCUUUAUAAUAAUAUGCUUUAUAAGAACAUCCAAUUUCACCAAUUGGAUUUUUAACUGCUGCUUCAUUAGGAUUAUAAAUCCCAUUAUAGUAUAGUCACUAUUUUGCACGAUUAUCACAAGCUUACCUGAACGUCUCAUGCUACUCUGCUGAAGCUGAAAUUGAAACAAGAUUGAUUGACUUACUGG